CGCAGUAUCAGCUGUUUAUUAACAUGAAUAAUAAAAUUAAAAAAUAUACAAAGGAUUUGUGAAUAAUUAUGGAUUUAAACAAAUGGAACAAACUUGAACAAAAUCACCCAGUAUAUAUAAUAUUGGGAUCUGGUGGACAUACCGGAGAGAUGUGUAAUAUUAAUCAAGCUUUGAUGGGGAGUAGUAAAGGACAAGAACUUUAUAAGCCUAUAAAGUACGUUUUAGCUAGCAGUGAUACAACGUCACGCAAAAAAAUCUUCCUAGCAAUGCAAAAGCUUAAUGUAACUAUUAACGAAGAGGAUUAUGUAGAGGUACCGCGUAGUCGUGAAGUAGGGCAAAGCUGGCUUACCACUAUUUUUACAGCAUUAUGGGCUUUAUUGUGGAGCUUUUGGCUUGUUUGGCGGGAUAAACCGCGUCUAAUAAUCUGCAAUGGUCCUGGUACAUGUGUACCAUUUUGUAUCGCCGCUUUUGCGCUACGUUUGUUGCAUCGACUGCCAAAAAACACAAAAAUUAUUUUUAUUGAAAGUUUUUGUCGCGUUAAAACGUUAUCUCUGUCCGGAAAACUGUUAUUGCAUAUAGCAGACAUGUUCGUGGUGCAAUGGCCGUUUUUAGCAAAUAAAUACAAACACAAGAACAACUUAAAAUAUUUUGGUAGACUGAUUUAAUAUAACAUUGUAAAU